AUGUCUUACGACCGAGUUCUUCCCAACCCGGUCUCUCUUCGCCAUGAGACCGCUUCGUUAUUCUCCCUGCCCCGGCCCAGCGAUCUCCUCGAUCACAAAAUCAUGGCCGGUCCACCGGCAAAACCCUACAUGGCGCUGCCACAUCGUCCUAAUCCAGGCACCGUGGAAAAUACCAUGUCUGACGGGGUAUGCUUUUUAUCUCACGACCAGCCCAACAAUGUGUCCCAAACGCAUCAGCAUCUCAUGUCCUUUGAGUCACGGCCAAGUCUAGGGAAACUGGACUCGAGAGCCGCGACGUCACCCGGGCAGCGUCUCGUCAAGCCCGGUCCAACGAUCACAACGAGCGAUCUCGGCCCGCCUCGCAGUGUGUCGCCCUCGGAAAGUUCAAGCCCGGCAAAAUCGGCCAAGAGUGAUGGUCUCCAAUUCUGUUUGUGUCAGCCAGAACCGAAAAUUCCCCGUCCUCGAAAUGCAUUCAUUCUGUAUAGACAGCACUAUCAAUCCAUCGUGGUGGCCCACAACCCCGGUAUGGCCAAUCCGGAGAUUUCCAAGGUGAUUGGUGAGCAGUGGAGGAGUCUAUCCGAAGAUGAAAAGGGCAAGUGGAAGGCUCUCGCAGAGGAAGAGAAAAUUCGCCAUGCUCAACAAUACCCUGAAUAUCGCUAUCAACCCAGAAGACUUGGCCGCGAUGGAUCCACGCGCAACCUGGCCUCGGGGAUCAGCCACAAUCCAUCCGGAGGAUCAACAUGUAACCGUUGCGGUGGACGCAUCAUGAACGCACCAGCUUCACCCAUGACUCCCUUUACCCCCAUUGUCGCUGGUUCAGGUUCAGGUUCGCGAGAGAACUUAUCAACGAGGUCGUCAUUUCCGCACAUGACCACCACGACCACGACUGUGAUGACGGCGAGCAGUUCGCAGUGCCACAGCAAAGCCGAAAAGCCUCCCAAGUUGAUUCACCUUGACCGGAUAGACCGAAACAGGAACCGAAAGUUGGAGGACGCACAUGCCGUCUCUCCAGACAUGAAGCGACGUCGAGUGUCUCAUUCUACUGGAUUGAAACCAUCCACCUCUGGUCAUCGAGAGAUCAGCCCUGAGUCGCCUUAUCCCCGAAGUCCUCACGGGACCGUGACCAGUGCUCAUCCGUCCCGCAAAAUGAUGCCCUUGGUGCACAGUCGAGCAGUCCCCACCGUGCCAGGUCAGACACCACAUCCAAUGAUCUACCAUCCUGCACCAUCCGUGACUCCAGUGCAAGCGCAGGCUCCGCCAAUGCCGGACCCGAGCCUAAAACUCCCACCGCUAAAGACCACCAUUGCAUCCACGCCAAUGACUCCUCGCCCUACCGUGAAUGCAAGCGUUGAAAAGGCAGUGAUGACGAUUCCAUUCCUGAACAAAAUCAAACUUCUGGCCAAAAUAUCACCCCCACUGGUUCCGUCCUUCAGAGAAGGCAGCUCGUCCCGAGGGCCCGUCGUUGCAGUAGACGGUCAAGACGCGAACUUGGUCCGUAUCGCGGUUGAGUAUAUCCAGCGUCUUCUUGCGAAGGAAGAAAAGUUCAGCGCGCGUAUAUUCGAUGGGCCUGAGCUGCAGACACCCCGAACAACUGAAAAUGGAGGUCCUAUGAGAGAUGCCACUGUCGAUUAUCUGAACACAAUCUCUGCCUGGCACCGCAUCUCAGACGAGAUCAUUGAAUUUGUGAGGAAUGAUACCAAUCACGCGACACAGAUGGAGACGAAUAUACUGGCCCAUUCUCAUGUGCUCGGCGAGUCAAGCCCCAACACUCAGAUCGACUCAAUCAUCCAGCACAACCGGCCAAGCCCGGACCCUUCCCCCUCUCCAAGAUCCAUCAUCCCAAGAACAGCUUCUCUGCAACUAGGCUCCCCUGAAUCCAUCCCGACGGACUCUGAAUCCCCUCGUGCAUCGCCCAGCACCAGCGUAUCUGUCCUCGCCAAUGAACACACCGAUCAAAGUCAAUCCCGGAUGCCGGGCCUUACCCCUUCUCUCACACCGACUCCCACGCCCACCCCAUCAUCAUCCUCGCCCUCUCGCGUCCCCGUUGCUCUAGUGCCUCGCUAUCAGCUCACCACCGCAGACACAUUCGCCUGCAGCGUGCCCAUCAAUGAUUCCUAUGCUCCACUCGAUCACUGGCAAUGGAUGGCCAGUCUUUGGCGCACCUGUGUCGGUCCCGACAUUACCGUCUAUGUAAGGGAAUGUUCUCGCGAGGAGAUUGAGCAAUCUGGAACAGUGGAAAUCCGACUGGCUGACGCCGGGACGGUCAUCUUGAGAAAACUUGUUGGUGCGUCGACUUUUGAGGAGAAAGCUUUGAAGAGGAUGGGCUUUGAGAUUGAGGACUUUUUGACUCAGUGA